CUCCACUUAGCUACGGAGCUCAGGAGCAAGAAACCUGCUUCAUGCGACUGAAGCUUCUCUCUGACCCAGGGGUAUUGCUCCGGCGUUUUAGUCUCUUCCCCUUGUGCUUGUAGAGGGAACACAAAAACAUUUCAGAAUCCUGCCAACUCAGCUAAACACAGGGUUGGGAAUUUCCUUUGGGCUACGAGUGAGAGGCCUGAAACAGAUUCCUUCCUGCGAUGGCGACUCAGCCAAUAUAUCAGUAUAGAAAAUUAGUUACGAAGAAUAAUAGUCAUGAAGGAUCCUGCCCCAAAGAAGAUGAUGUAGACACCUUGCCAUCACCUCGCUUUCUCCAAUGCCUAGUGAUAUGCUUUAUUAUUUAUAUGUACAAGAAGGAACGUCACAAAAAUGAGAAAAUGAUAGAAAAUGAAACAAUGAAGACAAAAUAUAAGCAAGCGCAAGAUCAACUUAGGAAAGAAAAUGAUCAACUUAUGAAAGAAAAUGAAAAAUUGAAAAAGGAAUUUGAUGAGAGGAAAGCUCAAUUUAGGAAGGACUGGCAGAAGACAUCAUUGUACACUGACUGGAAGAAAGAAUUUUUCCAGGCUGUGAAUAUUAUUCUGGAUCCAGCCACAGCCCAUCCUGCCCUCAUCCUGUCUGCAGGGAACAGAUGUGUAACCAUGGGAGAGAAGUCUCAAGAUCUACCUGAGAGCCCACAGAGAUUUCGUUCCCUUCCCUGUGUGCUGGGUUGUCAAGUCAUCACUUCAGGGAGGUGUUACUGGGAGGUAGAGGUCAAGGACAGUGGGGCCUGGGACCUGGGAAUUUGUAGGCUUAAUGUAAUGAGGACGGGGAGGAUUUCCAUCAAACCAGAGGAUGGUUUCUGGGCCAUCAGAUUUUACAAGGAUGAGUACUGGGCACUCACCUCUCCAGAAAGACAGCUUAUUCUAAAAGAGCGCCUUGCCAGAGUGUGCAUUUUCCUAGACUAUGAGGAUGGACUUCUCUCAUUCUAUAAUAUGACAGAUAAAUCCCACAUUUACACCUUUUCUCAAGGCUCCUUUGAGGGGUCCCUAAGACCUUUUUUCAGGCUUUGGUCCAGUGAUUCAGGACAUCUGACCAUCUGUCCAGUGCCCGAAGCAGCACAGCCUGCUGAUAACCUUCGCCAUGUUUUCACUCCUGCACUGGGAACAUCGUGUAACCUGCAGAUCAGUGUGCAUUGAAGCAUCGAGUCACGACAUGAAUUCUCUCAUGCAAGAAUCUUUCCUUAUGGCUGACUAGUAUUCCAUUGUGUAUAUAUACUACAUCUUCUUUAUCCAAUCAUCUAUUGAAGGACACUUUGGUUGUGCCAUUUGUGACAACACGGAUGGCUCUUGAGAUUAUUAUGCUA